AUGGAUAGGAAUGCUAUGCGCCGCAAAAAAUAUGCAGAAAUGCCGCCUCUGAAGAAAGCAGAACUUCUGCACUCUCGGAGGCAAGCUCGAGCUGCAAAGAAAGCUGAAAAAACUUUAACCCCGCGUGUUCGCAAGGUCCCGUUAGGAUAUGUUGAAACAGGUGUUUCGUUCCCAAAUACUGAUCAUAUGCCCUGUCAUAGUGGCGGUCCUGCGCCUGUGCAUUCUCAGGUGUUAGGAAGCACAGAUCCUAUGCUUCCACCUGAUACUGCCUUUGCGAUUAGUCAGGGAUUAGAAUUCAUGUCACGCCGUCCACCUGGUUCCUUUAGUGGUGAUACUUCCUCUUCACAAUCUGUCAACAAUGCACAUCCUGAAGUUAUACUUGCCUCAUUUCCUUUGCACUCAUCUAUUAUAAACUCUGAACAAUCAGCCCAGAAAAAAAAGUCUUGUAGAACUAAUUCUUUGUCUGCUGGAACUUCGGAUUCCACUUUAGAACCUCCUUCCACAGACAUCUUUCCUCCUUGCAGAAGGGAGGCUUCCAGGUGUGGCCCAACACCUGGUUGCUUGAAAAGAAAAAAAAGAAAGGUUGUUCCUCCUGCUGAUCCGUCUAUAAGUCGGUCUCGUCCAAAGAAACGCACCUCCCCUGAAUCUGUGAACAAGCAGACCUCAGCAGUAAAGCGAUCGUCUGCCCGUUCAACCCUAUCUCGUCUUUCCAAUAUUCCUGAUGCACCUCUCAUUCUGCCUGAUGCUCCUAAUUGUGAGCAUUGUGGAGCGAAAAGGUUCCAUUUGGAACCUCCUUCCUUUUGCUGCUCGGGGGGAGAAAUCUCUAUCGUUGCUCCUCCAAUGCCUUACGAUUUGAAGCGUUUGUUCAUUGGCAAUGAUGAAGAGAGUAAUCAGUUCAGAAACAAUGUUCGCACUUACAACAACAACCUUGGCUUUACAUCUUUUGCAGCGAAAUAUGAUUCCGAAUUAACAAAGAAUGCAAAAGGUGUCUAUACCUUCCGUGUUCAGGGUCAAGUUUACCACUUUCUUGAUGGCCUUAUUCAGUUGGGCGAUAGGCCAUCCGGGAUUCAGCUAUAUUUUUUUGACACUGAUGAGGAAUUAACAAAGAGGCUUGGUAAUUCUGAUAAGCUGCGCGAAAGCACUUUGAAAUUGCUUAUGCGCGUUCUUUCUAACAAUCCUUAUGCUCGUUUCUUUAAGGGCCUUAGGGAUGUUCCGAACCUUGACAAUCUGAACAUCGUCCUUAAUUGUUAUCCUUCGCUUGACCAGCGAGUCUAUAAUCUUCCCUCCACCUCACAAGUUGCAGCUAUAUGGACUGAGAGUGAAGAUCAAUCAUCCGAUAGACGCGCUCAUAUUCAAGUUUAUUCUCGCUCAUCUGGUAGCCAUAGGAUUCAGCAUUACUAUGGCUGUUAUGACGCUUUACAGUACCCUCUCCUUUUCCCUCGUGGUGAGUGUGGCUGGCACCAUGGAAUUAAAAGGCUUUGCAAGAGGAAGAGGGGAGGGGAUGCUUGUGAGGAUGAGAUUAACAUUGAUCCAGCUUCAGUUAACUCCUCAUCGGAGUUAAUUAAUUUAGAACAGAGAGCUGCUGAUCGAGGAAAAGCAGAGGAAGAUACUGUAUCUGCUAGAGAGUACUACUGUUAUAGGUUCCAAAUAAGGGACAAUGAUGACUCAAUGUUGUUACACGCUCUUAGGUUGCUGCAGCAAUUUUCGGUUGAUGCUUACGUCAAAAUUGAAACAUGUAGGCUAGACUUUCAUAGGCAUCAGCAAACCAGGAUACGUUCUGAAAUUCUACAAGGAGUUCUUGACAGUAUUUCUGUUGGCCAAACUGCUGCUUCUAAAGUUGGUCGUAAGGUCUUUCUUCCAGCUUCUUUUAUAGGUGGUCCGAGAGAUAUGAGGCGUCGUUACCUUGAUGCGAUGGCACUGGUACAAAAAUAUGGAAAAUCAGAUAUUUUUCUUACAAUGACGUGUAAUCCAGCGUGGAAGGAAAUACAGGAGAAUUUGAAAUACCAUGAAAAGCCUCAGGAUCGGCCAGACCUUCUCGCUAGAGUUUUUAGGGCCAAGUUUGAAAUGCUAAAAGCAGAAAUUCUCAAUAAGAAAAUCUUUGGCGAGGUUGCAGCGUGUGUCUACGUGAUUGAGUUUCAGAAGCGAGGCUUUCCUCAUGCCCAUUUAUUACUGAUCUUAAAACCUGGUCAUAAACUACUUAAUCCAGAGUCGUAUGACAAAGUAGUUUGUGCUGAGUUGCCCAACAAAGACCGGUAUCCUCACUUAUAUUCUCUUGUUGUGAAGCAUAUGAUCCAUGGUCCUUGUGGAGCCAUGGAUCCGUCUUGUCCUUGUAUGAGAGAUGGAACGUGCAAAAAUCGGUAUCCAAAGAACUUUUGUGCUCAAACGACUCAUGGUGAAGAUACCUAUCCGUAUUAUAGGAGAAGAGAUGAUGGCAAGAGAAUCAGAGUUCGUAGAUUUACUCUUGAUAAUAGGUGGGUUGUGCCUUACAACCCUUACCUGCUUGCUUUAUUUGAUUGCCACAUCAACGUGGAAAUCUGUUCUACUCUUAAACUUGUAAAGUACUUGUAUAAGUAUGUUUUCAAAGGACACGAUCAGGUGAGCUUUAGGAUUAUAUCGGGUGAACCAGCAGAUGAUAUAGAUGAAAUAAAAGACUUUCAAAAAGGUCGAUGGGUUUCACCUCCGGAAGCUUUUUGGCGCAUUUAUGAAUUUAGACUCAAUGAAAUGACCCCUGCAGUUUACACCCUCCAGGUUCACCUUCCGGACCAGCAAUUCAUUUCGUUUGACAAGAGCUCUGACUUGGUGCAAUUACUGAGUAAAAUUGACUUUUCUAAGACGAUGUUAACUCAGUUUUUCCACAUGAAUAGAACAAAUCCUACAGCACAAAAUUUGAAAUGCUUGUACAGAGAUUUUCCUGAACAUUUUGUUUGGUCUGCUAAAUAUAAAGAGUGGACUGAAAGAAAGCGUCGAAAGGUGAUUGGUCGGAUGGUGACUAUUAGUCCAAGGGAAGGAGAGAGGUAUUAUUUGAGGUUGCUUUUGACGCACAUUGCUGGGCCGACCUCUUUUGAAGACCUUUUGACUGUUAAUGACCAGAGAUUAGCUUCGUUUAGAGAAGCUGCUUUGGUCCUCGGCCUUUUGCAGUCCGAUGCGUAUAUAGACGAGACGCUACAGGAAGCAGUGGCAUUCCAGAUGCCGUGCUCAUUGAGGUUAUUGUUUGCCACUCUCCUUGUGUAUUGUUCUCCAACAGAUCCUAGAUCACUUUGGGAAAAAUUUGAACCUGAACUUUCUGCUGACUAUCAUUACCAGCAGCCAUUCGAUGCCCUUUCUUCUCCUGAAAUUAGAAGAAAAGUUUUGCAAGAUAUUAACACCUUACUAGAACAAAUGGGCAAAAGCAUUGCUGAUUUUCACUUUGUCUCUGAUGAGCUUUCACCUGGGUACACUGAGAGGUUGACAAAAGAGAUUGAAACUGAAAGGAACUUAGUGGUAACACCCGAUGACCUGUUGUUGCCUCAGAUGUUGAAUUCUGACCAAAAACAUGCCUAUGAUCUAAUCAUAAAAGCAUGUUCUUCCUUAGAAGGCCAAGCAUUUUUCGUUGAUGGCCCCGGCGGCACAGGCAAAACGUUUUUGUAUCGGGCACUUCUCGCAACUUUGCGAUCACAGAACCAUGUUGCACUUGCAGUAGCAACGUCUGGAAUUGCAGCAUCGAUCUUUCCUGGCGGAAGGACGGCUCACUCGAGGUUCAAGAUACCACUUGAUUUCUCAAAGACUAAGAAUUGUCAGCUUAGUAAACAAAGCUCUGCUGCAAAGCUCAUUUGUGAAUCUAAGCUUAUUUUGUGGGAUGAGGCUUCGAUGGCUAAGCGGGACACAAUUGAAGCAUUUGACGAGCUGCUGAAAGAUUUAAUGGACUCUGAUUUGCCAUUUGGAGGAAAGGUAAUAGUUUUUGGAGGAGAUUUUCGGCAGACUCUACCCGUCAUUGAGCAAGCAACUAAAGAAGUCCUCAUAGGGUCGACCUUCCCUGUUUCUCCUCUGUGGCCUAAACUACGUAAAGUCAUACUCACAGAAAAUAUGCGAGCUAUGCUUGAUCCAGGAUUUUCGCAGUUUCUUUUAAGAGUAGGAGAGGGAAGGGAACCUGUUGAUGAUAAGGGUGAAAUAACUUUACCAUCAGAUAUAGUUAUUCCUUAUUACGAUAAGGAGGAGUCUUUAAACAGGUUAAUAGAUAGCGUCUUUCCAGAUUUGAACCUCUAUUCGCAGGAUCCUUAUAGCCUGAUAAAUAGGUGCAUCCUUGCUCCUAAAAAUAGCUCAGUUGAUGAGCUCAAUGAAAUAAUGAUUAGGAAGUUUCCUGGAACCCUUCAAACUUAUACUAGCUCGGACAAAACUGUUGAUCAACGGCACCAAGGCGAUUAUGAGGACUUCCUCAAUUCUCAGAAUCCUAGAGGUCUCCCCCCUCAUAAGCUGCUGUUGAAGGAAAACUGUCCGCUAAUGCUUCUAAGAAAUUUAAAUCCAGCUGAAGGUCUAUGCAAUGGCACAAGGUUAAUAUGUCGAGAACUUGGGCAGCACACAAUUUCUGCUGAGAUUGUUUUUGGCCAUCACCGAGGCAAAAGAGUUUUUAUUCCAAGGAUACCUCUUCAAACGCCUGACAAUGACAAAAAUGGGAUUGCAUUCAUAAGAACGCAAUUUCCUGUCCGCCUUUGCUUUGCUUUGACUAUCAAUAAAUCGCAGGGUCAAACUCUUGACUACGUCGGCAUCUAUCUACGAGAACCAGUUUUUUCUCACGGCCAGUUGUAUGUUGCUCUAUCCAGAGCUAAGACCGCUGCCAAAGUUAAAAUUCUUCUGGUUCCUGGAACAUUUGAUGACACAAAAGUUGAUUGCAAAACUCGUAAUGUUGUCUUUGACGAAAUUUUUAGAUUAGCUCAGGCCUAG